GUGGAUCGAAUCGCAGGGAGAACUGGAAGCCCGACACACCGAGGAAUUCCAGCUAGCCGAGAAAAGCCGAGAAUACGAGGAGCUACUCCUACAAUCCCCCAGAAAAGCGGAGGCAGAAGUGUUGCGAAUUCGACGACGGCGACAAGUGGCCUCGAGGCGAGCCGGCAAGAAAGCAGCGACCAGUCCGAUCCGCACCCAUUCAGCAACCUGCAAGAUCCCGGCCAGAACCCGGAGCCCAGUAGAGCCAAGCCCGGCGGAAUCAUGACGGACGUAUCGCACGAACUGGGCGCCCUGCGCUUCGUGGUGGACUCGCCGCUGUCCUCCAAGGUGGCCAUGUUCAACAACCAGGCGACGCAGCACAAGCAGUCGCAGCUGCUGAACCCCUUCUCCCAGGACGGACGUGCCUCCUCGCCCAAGCCCACCUUCUCGAAGGACCAGUACGGAAAGCCGCUGGCCGGCAGCCUCACGGAGAUGCGCGGCCAGAAGGCCAACAUCCACGUGAUGAAGGAGAUGCUGGAGCUGUGCCAGAUCAUCAACUCGGAGGGCUACGACGUCAAGGACGAGCCCACCAUGCGCGUGAUCCCCUUCGGCGAGCUGUUCAACAUCUACAACUACAUCUCCGACAAGGUGGUGGGCAUCCUGCUGCGCGCCCGCAAGCACAAGCUGGUGGACUUCGAGGGCGAGAUGCUCUACCAGCGGCGGGACGACAACGUGCCCGUCUUCCUGCUGAAGCCCAUCAAGGAGAUUCGCGCCGAGAUGGAGGCCAAGAUCGAGGACAUCAAGCGGGCGGCCAGUCCGGUGCCGCCGCAGUCCACCUCGGUGCUCUUGGACCGCAGUGCCCACGAGCAGAACCUCAAGUCGAGGACUCCCUCGCCGGCCGUGGGCAAGUCCUCCAAGGCAAAGUCCGCAUCACCUGCGCCGGCGGCUAAGGCUGCUGCGACUGCUGCUCCUGCAGCUGCGACUGCUGCUCCUGCUGCUGCGGCUGCUGCUGCUCCUGCUGCUGCUCCUGCUGGUGCAGCUGCUGUGGCUCCUGCUGGUGCAGCUGCUGUGGCUCCUGCUGUGGAAUCUCCUCCUGCCGCAGAGCCCGUUCCUGAGGCACAGCCUGCUCCACAGGCCGAAGCCACUUCUGCUCCUGCUGCAGAGCCGACUCCUGUGCAGGCUUCUGCUCCGGCUACGGUUCCUGCUCCCGUUGAGACUAAGCCAGUGGCGCCAGAAGUGCCCGCUCCUCAGCCCGCGCCCGUGGCUGUGGUAGUCUCGGAAGCAUCGCCCGCAGAAAAAGCAACACCAGCGGCCAGUGAGUCGGGAGUGGAGGAGCCAACUGCUUCCGUUUUACCAGCUCCAGCCGUCGACGACUUGCCCACCAUUGUAAUUGAAGCCAGUGCCGAGUUCGUGCGCACCAUCAGCGUGGAGCAGCUGGCGCCCAGUCCCGAGACGGCCACUCAAUCCUCGCCAGACGAGUCCCAGCCAGAGCCCACGCCCGCAUAAGCCGGGGAGCUAGGGAGCUUGGGAGCUAGGGAGGAAAGACCCCUCCUAGAAUCGUUUUAAAGGAACUCUCGCAACUACUAAAGCGGCAGCUUUAAAUUGCAGUAGUUUAGUUUACGGCGUACUUAGUUUAAUUUACGGUUAGAGAACACAACACUGAAGACAGAAUAUCGAGAGCGACUAUUUAUUUUUAUGUAUUUCAUUAACGGCCCAAAGGAGCUAGUUUCCUUUAUUUUUUAACCAUAUUUCUAUGGAAAUUAACUCAAGUUUUCCACAAACAAAAGUUGGAAAAGUGCAAAGCGAUAUAAUAUUAAUAAAAUAAACACUAGGCACAGUAAAA